CCUGCCUCCAGGCUUGGGGGGGAGCUUUCUGCCUCAGUCUCCUCUGUGUGAGACGGGACAGAGCUAGGGGUUUGUGAGGAGGGCAGCAGAUGUACGCGUGAAGUGCUUAGCGCUGCGCCCGGGACACAGCGAGCGCCUGCUUGUUCCCUUGCUUGCAGGCGCCCCGCGGCUUCGGACAGGUUAUUGCACAUCUGAGCCUCCGUCUCUACUCUGUAGAAUCCAGGGUGUUGGUCUCCGUGACCUCUGAAGUCUCCGUUAUAGAUUUAGGAUCUUUUUUCUGGACCUCUCCCCCUCUCUUACUUCGCCCCAGAAGCUGACAGGGUGCGGGGCAGGAGAGGAUUGCUGAGCAAAUCGCAGACACUUAGCCUGGUUUCAUUCCUGUUUCAUUGUAUCUUCCACCCCCUUUGCUGCAAUAUAAAUGCUUGCGUUUUGGGGAGAAGGAAGGAACAUCUGGCAGACCCGGGAUGGUAUCAGGGUCGUAGGCAAGAGACGGUAUAAUGGCAGAGAAGGCACCUGGGGGCAUUAGCCCCCUGCAGCAGAUGGUGGCAUCAGGCACAGGGGCCCUUGUUACCUCCAUUUUCAUGACCCCACUGGAUGUGGUAAAGGUCCGACUACAGUCCCAGCGCCCUUCUCCCAUCAGUGGGCUGGCACAGUCUCAGGGAUCCUGGAGCAUCCCCUAUACUAAAUGGAAGUGUAUGCUUUACUGCAAUGGCAUUCUUGAGCCGCUCUAUUUGUGUCAGAAUGGUUCUCGAUGUGCCAUCUGGUACCACCAGCCCACCUACUUCACAGGCACCAUGGACGCCUUUGUGAAGAUUACUCGGCACGAGGGUGCCAGGACCCUGUGGAGUGGUCUCCCUGCAACUCUAGUGAUGACAGUGCCUGCCACCGCCAUUUACUUUACCACCUAUGACCAGCUCAAGGCUUUCUUAUGCAGCCGAGCCAUGACUUCUGACCUCUACGCCCCCAUGGUAGCUGGAGCAUUGGCCCGAUUGGGCACCGUGACUGUGAUCAGCCCCUUGGAGCUGGUGAGAACAAAGCUUCAGGCUCAGCAUCUGUCCUACCGUGAGCUGGGGGCCUGCGUCAGGGCAGCUGUGUCCCAGGGCGGCUGGCGCUCUCUAUGGCUUGGCUGGGGUGCCACUGCAUUGAGGGAUGUUCCUUUUUCAGCCCUGUACUGGUUUAACUAUGAGUUAGUGAAGACGUGGCUCUGUAAGAUGGCAGCCAAGGACCAGACUUCAGUCAGUAUCAGCUUUGUGGCUGGAGCUUUCUCAGGAACUGUGGCUGCUGUGCUCACACUGCCUUUUGAUGUGGUGAAAACUCAGCGUCAGAUGGAGCUGGGAAGUAUGGGAGCCUUGAGAGUGACAUCCCCACGUUCCCCUUCUACCUGGCUGCUGCUUCGACGGAUCCAAGCUGAGUCUGGGGCCCGAGGACUCUUUGCAGGCUUCCUCCCACGGAUCAUUAAAGCAGCCCCCUCUUGUGCCAUCAUGAUCAGCACCUAUGAAUUUAGCAAAAAUUUUUUCCAGAGACUGAACCUGGAAAAACGCCCUCGGGGACCCUGAGGGGAGACUGACAGAGAUAGAUGGAAGAUACCAACAUCCAGGGUCUCCUGAGGAGACCAGCUAUGGCCCUCAGCAGGAAGAGGGGACUAAUACAAACUUUCCUUAUUAUGGGGGCUAUGGGGCAGAGUGUCAUCCUUUGCUCUGUAUGGCUGAGGGUGAGUGAGAUGCCCACUCAUCUUCCCUCCUACCUGGCAAUACUAGGGCACCAUGCAGGGAACAAAAUUCCUCUCUUCCUCUGUGUUUUCUCCCCACUUUCCUACAGACCAAAUGCCCCCAGCUCUUGGUUCACCCCUUCUUCCUCAAAAACAGAAUCUGUUGUCCCUUUGUUUUUCCCUCUGAAUUUCCAUCCCAGCCCCUGGUCCUGCGUUGUCUUAAUCUCCUUGUUGAAUCCUUUAGAUCCAAAGAUGAUGCUUUGCUGUA